UUCACCGAGAAAAUGUCAACAACAUGCCGGAGACUUCCAGAGAAACAGAAACUGACGAGGGGACUAGGGACAGACAGCAAGGACACCAGUCGUCUCCUAACAUCGUGUCCUUAAUAUCUCAGAUCGCAGAUGAUAAUUUAACUCUUGUGCGGAACAUAAGCACCGGAUUGGCGGUUGCUGGUGUGAUUAUAAUAGCAAGGAGUAUCAAACUGAUCACCAAGUUUCAAGCUGCAUCUGAGAUCCCUGCUCGUUUUAUUGAGAGGAACGUCAGCCUCCGCGGGAAAGUUCAUUCAAUCACAGACAGAGGAAUUGAAGUGGAGCAUGUCCCGAUUUAUCUGCCAGUGCUCACUCCGCUACUUUUGAAACACAAAGGUGUGUGCACGUCCCCGAUGCUGGUGCAUCUUGCAGGAGUGGAGCUGACUCCAGAGGGCAGGGUAUGGCUGCAGAAGAAUCUGGCUCCCUCCCAAACAGUCUGGCUAAAACUAAUCAGCCGAGAUAACGACAUGCUACACUGUUUGGUGUCUCAAAGCAGGCAGGGGUCGAUGUGGAGCUACUGUAUGAAUGAAGAGGUCCUCAGGCAGGGUCUGGCCCGCACCGCCCCUGUGGUGGGGAUACAGCCGGACUCUCGCCUCUACUGGCGUCUCCACAAACGGCUGCACAGGGCAGAGGUCAAAGCUGAGAAGAGGGGGCGGGGACUGUGGAAGCAAGACAGCCUAUGGGAGAGGGCCUCCAGGGCUGUCAGGGACAGCGCUUUGUUCAGACUGAUGAGGAGGAUCUUUAAGAGGACUUGAUGCACUAACAUGCCAGCAUAUCUGUUAUUGCCUAUGGAUACAGUGACACAUCUAAAAGUUAUUUAAAAGUCUCAUUACAGGCUACAAAAAGUGCCGUCCAUCAUUGAUCAUCCAUGUGUGCCACAUGUGUCAAAACUGUUAUUGAUUAUUACCAAAGAAAAACUGUAUUUUUUGUGUUACAUUCCCCAUUACACCUGUUACAAAGGUUUGUGGUUUGUUUUUGACUGUAUGUCACAGUCUCUAGAAAUUUAAAAUGAUUAAAAACCUCUAUGAUACAAA